GUGACUCGAGUACCACAAGUUCCCAAGUGUUCCAAGAAACGGAGCCAUCUCCACAGUGUCAGAACUCAGAAGUUAGCAGGCAAAAGAGGAAGAGCGGAAGAGAUCUAGAUGAGCUACCAGAAAGCCCCCCACGAGGAAUCCUACCCUCCACCAGGGUAUAAUCCGUCUCAGCAAUAUCCGUACCCUCCUCCCUCUCAGGGCUAUGGCCACCCGCCCCCUGGUGCGUACCCUCCACCUCAGGGUCAGGGACCGUACCCUCCACCGGGGUACCAAGGCUACUUCAACGACCAGCAGCACCCUUACUACCCGCCGCCGCAGCAGCAGCCGCCGCCUUAUGGGGGAUAUCAACACCAGGAACAGGAGGAUAGCUCCUGUGGGUUCCUCAAAGGAUGUUUGGCCGCGCUCUGCUGCUGCUGCGUGCUGGAGGAAUGUUGUGGCCUCUUCUGAGAUUUUAGCUCUUAGCUACUCCUAGUCUUGGUACUUGGCAUUCAGUCCCAAGCAAAAUUGAUGCUAGCACUAUGGAGCAUCGUCUGAGUAUCGAGAUGUCUUGAAUUGUGAUUGUAACUUGAUGCAAUAAUCGGAGAAGGGUGUUCAAGAGCUUUCAGCUAUUGUAUUGUAUCAGUGUCAGAACCAGGCAGUAUUGUGUCUUUGUCUAUGCUUUGUAAUAAAGGCUUUUAUGCAUCCUUUGGAUUGGACGUCA